AUGGGACAGAGAUGUGAAAUCGAGGCGCACAGCCGUCUGACUAGGUGGCUCAAAAAAGAAGUCACUCCCCUUCCGCGGAAGGACUUCAUUUUUAUUCCCGUUCAUCACAAGCACCAGCACUGGAGCUUGGCGGUCGUCGUUUGUCCCUGGCGGGCUCUCAACCCAACGCAAAAGAGCGGAGGAGAGAAGGCUGUUAGGUCAGCUGCUGUAACUGUAAAGUGUAAGCCUGAAGCUAACAGGUCUGUAAGAAAUUUCCAGCUGUCUUUCUCACCGGGCAUGCAUGCGCAGCAGGCUGGCGUAGAAAGGCCCGUCAGCAGUGCCCUAGCAGAAAAACUUGCACCACCGCCCGUUGUACAGCACCAAGCGGUCGAGUUACCUACCCCGUUAAAGACUCAGGGCCCUCACACACACAGAGGAUGUCGCGCGAAGGCUCGACUGUUUUACGUUGACUCCAUGGGCCUACGUAGCGUGUUUGAUCGCAGUCGAGGCCGAUUAAAGAGAUUUUUACGACACGAAUUCGAGCAUCGCUGUGGGGGCGAGAUGAACUGUGGGCAGGAGGUGGAAUUAUGCACAGAGAGCUGUUGUUGGCACGAUGGCGUUAGCUGCACCUUGCACACUCCACGCCAACAGAAUGGAUAUGACUGCGGCGUGUUUGUUGUUGAGUAUGUUUAUUUCCUGACGCGGAACCUCAACGCGAUCGAGACGCUCCUGUUGGGACCGUCGCGCGAUUUUCAGCCUCAGCAGCGCAGCUGUCGGGAGCAGACCCCCGACGCUACUGCUUCCUUUGUCCCUCAUAACUGGUUUGUCCAUCCUGGCACCAGAGUAGAGGCUGCGAACCACGGCAAAAUGCUUGAGGCUACUCUAGGUUUCUACUGCCACUGCAUGGACGUGGGGAUCCCAAAGGAAAUGCCCAGGGUUGUCAGCUCAGCUUCAGGGCUGGCUUCCAGUUUAAAAGUUCAUUCAGCGGGGUUUGGGCAGAUGCAUACAGCGAUGCACGGUUUUGCAGCCGCUGAUACAUCCAGGCAACAGGAAUUGCGACAGCAGGCAGGUACUCGUCAAUCACCACUGAACACUGCUCUGGCAGGUGCUUCCUUUGUUACUCGAACUCUCACCCCCCCGCCAGUAGAACUGGUUUGCCGUUCCAUGAUCCCCCCUGAUGUGCCCCAGCUUCACGAUGAAAAAGCUUCGGUAGGAGACGUCUGGAGGGCAAAGGAUCAGUCCACCACAUCAAAGCUGAGUUCAGCUGAGCCCGAAUCGAUGAGGCACUGGAAGGCGACUUUGGCAUUUCAGGGCCCUCUUUGGGGUCCGCUAGCCCCUUCCAUCAGCAAACGGCGGUCUGCACAUACCAAAUGGUUUUCACAGGCCCGUGUUACUGAAAGGCGAUCCCAGCUACACAAAAUGCUCCUAUUCAUGCGGCAGAACGUCCUCUGGCAGGAGGAUCCAAAGCUUGUUGCCCACCUAAAGUCUCUGUUUCUGGAUAUUGAGCGGUCUUGCCACUAA